CGGACUCGCACGACCUACGCAGUCAGUCUGGAGGAUCGAGGAGUGAAGCGGCUGCACCGGCAGCUCAAUAGAUCUGUCAGAGUCCUGAGUUUCAUGAACCCAGCCUGCUAGAAGAGCUCCAUUCUCCUGUUUCAUCAUGUUGCCCAUCGUACUCAUCAUAGCUAUACUGAGUCAAGGUCACGCUACUGACUAUGGUACAGCAUUUGUCACAGCGUUUCCAGAGAACCUUGCUUACUACUUUCCAUCACCGCUCGUCCUCCAACUGAAAAUCACCACCUUAUUCCCUAGCACUGUUAUAACAGUCAAGAUGAACAACGUGGUUAUCCUAGAACAAACCAUCGCCAGCCAACAGGUGUCUAUUGUGAAUAUUGGUAGUGCUGAAGUAAAUCAAUUUGGAAUCCGUGGGAACACGGUCAUUGUGACCAGCAGCAAGAACAUCACUGUGUUCUCCAUCAGCACACGAGGAGACAGUGUACAGACCAAUGUGGUUCCACCUACAGUAAAUCUAGGGACGGAAUAUCUGGUUCCUGCCCUUAAUUACACAGAUUUUGCUGUGCAGUUGAACUCCUAUAAUAUGUCUGGGAUCCUCAGCUCAAGCUCUGACCUGCUGGAUUUCAGUUACAGACUCAUCAUUAUUAACGCAAGAGAAGUUGUAAACAACAUCGUUGUGACCGAAAAACUAUCCACUGGAAAUAAGGAGACGUUCAUCACACUAGACCCUUUCAUGUUGACCCAGCUGUCAAGCAGUGCUUACUGGUAUAAAGUCACCUCUUCUGUGGAAGCGGCCGUAAUUCUUACCAAUCCAUGCAUCGACAGUGUGAAUUGCAAGUGUAACAUGAUUGCGCACCAACUCCGACCCACCAAAUUCAUGGGAACAGAAUUCAUUUAUCCACCAUUUAACGCCACUAGGAACCGUCUUUUUGUGACCUCGGACCAAAGCGUUGACCUCAGCUGUAACACUGAGACCAAAACUGUUCAGCCUGGUUCCCAAGAUUUGCUCCCGUAUUUGCCCGGUCUUGUCAGUACAAACCCAAUCCUCACAACCUCCAAGCCAUCAUCACUCACAGUAAUCAGUCCUGGCCUCAUUGUUAACCUGAUCUCCACCGACAUGUUUUCUGGCUGCUUCUUGGUGCAUUCUAAAACGACGGCCUAUUCUAAUGCUUUAGUCAUAGUUGAAACGGCGCAACAAAAUAGUUUGCAGAUCGGCAAUGCUGCCGCUACCGGAACAACCUGGGAAGUGAUCAGUGGUACCAAAUACUCAUGGGAUCUCAUACCUCUGACUUUUCCAUCAUCUGUUAUUUGGCAUCCUACUACACCGAUUGCUGUGUAUGUCUUUGAGAGUGCGGGGACGCAUUUUCUUUAUGGAGGUCCGGCAAUUUCUAUCAACGACGAGCCAGACCCCAACGGUUGUGUUUUGGUUCCCAUGAAAUUUGAUCUCUCUAACAUCACGAUGAGUUGGCAAUCGUCUCGGGCUCACUGCAGAAAUAAAGGUGAGCUUCUGGUGAGUCCCAACUUGAACUACACACAAAAUAAAAUGGCAGCUGCACUUAACAACCUAAAUAUGGAAGGUGUUGCGUGGCUUGGCCUGCGCCGCAACCUUGUCACCUCUGAGUGGAACUGGAGCAGAUCUGUCCCUUUCGACUUUGCCAACUGGGACACCAACCAACCAGCGGGUGGCCUGUGUGCGUCCAUAAUUAUAGAACCGAAUGGGAAUUUCACCUGGAGUACGGAGCGCUGCUGCUCGCCCAUGCUGCCUCUGUGUGCCACUGAUAUGGUGAUCCUCACCACCUUUACAGAUACUAAUCUUAAUUGAGGUCAGGAGAACACCACAGGCUACCAGCUCUGGCCCAACCACCAGCCUGUCAACCAUCUAAUCAUCGGCAGAUCAAAUUUAUUUGUUGAUAAAUGUGACCUACGUGUUUAAUACGAGAAAAAUAUAAUUGGCUCAAACUGUUAAUUAAACAUUUGCUUUCAUUUGUUUUAAAUUUUAGGCUAUGAAGCAUUUAACCUGAGCAACAUGUAUGCUAAUGAUGACGACAACAGUCCGUUAGAUGGAUGCUAAUGGUCUUAUUAGCGUAGUGCGUUUCUAUCGACUUAUUUUAACUCUCUGUAAGAGCGCUACUAUAAAAGAGAUAUAAGAUUCCUGCUCAGUAACUUUAUAGCUACCGAAGCAGCUCAUUCUAACAUGUAGCAUUAGCCCUUUCCAGUACAGACAGAAUGAUUGUGUACGUGACCAGCCAUGUUCUCAUUAACAUGUUGAAUCGAACGGAUAAAAACUGGACAGUGGACAUUUCUGUUUGGGAAAAGCAGAUGAAAUCAGAUGGCAGUGCAUUUAACUCUCUCUUCUAUAUGUUUCAUCACCUCUAGCUGCAUGCCGAUAAACAUUAUAGUAUAUUACGCACGACUGGAAACUUAGCUUUACUUACUGUAUCCUGUAAAUGUUUAUCCAAGACAUAUUAUAUGCAGAAGUAAUAAUGCAGUUCUGUUGCAUAUUAAAUAUUAUUAAAUGUACUAAUAUUUUAACACUUCUGAUGAUUUUAUUCCUAAUGGGUUUGUUAUUGUAUCUGUAGCUUAUAUAUAUAUAUAAAUUCUUUAUUUGUCAAUGUUUCUUAACAAAU